AAUUUGCGUCAAUUUAACCUGGAUUUAACAAUAUCAGAAGUUUAAUAAUACGGGAAAAAUAGAUUAUCGCACCAGAUACAGACCAAUAACAUUAUGUAAUAAUAUGCUCCCCAUCCUUUCGGAAGUUGCUAUUUACACUCGAUAAAGAUAUUGAUAAGAUACGGAAGGUAGGUAGGCAAUUAAUAGUGGCUCAGUCGUAUAGUGAGUAGUGACACUUGACGAUAACGUGAUUAUUUACGGAUUAUUUAGUUCCAGCGUAUUAAUUGUUUAUAAUGAACAGUGAGGAUGCCGAUGAGAACUCGCGUCUUUUAAACAGUCCGGAUGAACGAAAUAGAGUUCCAAGAGUGUAUGGGAAUAGUGGUGCAAUGGCGUCUUCGUCCGAAUCGAUAGUGUUUGAUAGUAAGCUCAUGAAAACCUCGACGCAUAGUGAUGAGCUUGCCGCCACGUGGGGCGGUCGAGGUUCCCUUCCCGACUCGGGAGCUUCUGGACGGCUUAGGAGAGCCCGUUCGUGGUCUGGCGGCCCUCCCGAUGACGGCGCCUCAGAAAUUCGGAUAUUGAGAGAACGGUUAGUGCGUACGCAGGCCAAAUUACGUCCAGGCGCGGUACGCCACCUGUCACGCCACCAGCGCUUCACCCUGGCGUCGCUGGCCCUCGUGGACUUCAUGAGCUUCUGUUCCAUGAGCAUUAUGGCCCCGUUUUUCCCCAGAGAGGCCACGGAGAAGGGCCUCUCGGAGACCAUGUGCGGCAUCGUGUUCAGCUUCUAUGCGGUUGUUAUGUUCAUCACAUCGCCGUUUUUUGGUAAAUAUCUACCGGCGAUAGGAGCAAAGUUCAUGUUCACAGCAGGCAUGUUCAUGGCUGGCUCAUGUAAUGUCAUAUUUGGAACCUUGGCAUUAGUGGAAGAUCCCACAACAUUCACCGUGCUAUGUUUCGUGGUGCGAGGUAUGGAGGCGCUCGGAGCUAGCGCGUACUCCACUGCCAGCUACGUGUUCGUGGUGAACGCCUUCCCGGACAACAUUGGCUCAGUGUUGGGCAUCCUCGAGACAUUCGUCGGCCUCGGCAUGUCAGUUGGACCCGCGAUUGGAGGCCUUUUAUAUUCGAUUGGAGGAUUUGGGCUACCAUUUUACAGUCUUGGAAUCAUAAUGGUAUUGACAGUUCCCAUCAACUACUUCUUGCUGGCAGACUGUGAGGAAUUCGUAUCCGGAUCAAAAACAGCCUCCAUAUUGAGACUCUUCCAAAUACCGUCCAUAAUAAUCACAGGUCUCGUAAUUGUCGUUGUUUCUAACACCUGGGCCUUCCUUGAUCCCACUCUUGAGCCGCAUUUACGUCAGUUCGGACUGUCAACGAAGCAAAUUGGAUUAAUAUUUCUACUGUUCUCAAGUUUAUACGGAAUCUUUAGUCCUAUUUGGGGAUGGGUCGCAGAUCGGGUUCAUAACCACUGGUGUAUGAUGGUAUGGGGAUUGUUUCUCUCAACUAUUGGCCUAUUACUCCUUGGUCCAUGCCCAUUUAUACCCGGUCUUCCACGGGACUUAUGGUUGGACUUGGUUGCCCUUUCCAUCUUAGGAGUGUCAGUUGCCUUAACACUUUUACCUACAUUUCAAGGAGUUCUGACUAGUUCUAUUUACGAAGGUGGAUGUCCAGAAGCGCUAGCGACGUACAGCGCAGUGGCGGGAGUUUGGUCGUGCUGUUACUCGCUGGGCGAGGUGCUGGGCCCUGCACUGGGAGGCGCCCUCGCCGAACGAUAUGGAUUCCCGCUAUCUGCCACGCUCUGCGCUUCUGCUUGUUUUAUAAUGGCCGUGGUUACGCUCACAUUCUUUUCACUGCGCGAGUCAUCAAAGUGGGUAGAAGCAGAGUCCGCCUCGAAUUCAAUACCGGACACUGACUCCACUUGGAACAGCAACCAUUUCUGCAGGACACGGAGCGCGCCAGCGAGUCAGCUUGCCGAGAACUCUCCCCUUCUAACGCCUUGUUCAUGUGCUUCUAAAACUGCAUAUUAUUUAUAUGGAAACCCACCCACCAACCAAAUGUUUUUCCUGCACAAAAAGGGAGAAAAAAGUGGCUCAGCUAGCAUAGCAGAUAUUAUGGCAUAUUUCCUCAAAUUCGAAUACUUGACAGAUGUGUAUGUGAGAAUUAGAAAAUCCCGUAAUAGAUCCAAACCUAGAUCAUUACCGAAUAGUGAUCAGUUAUAUCAAAAUUAUCUUGGGAACAAUGAUGAAGAAGAAGAGAAAAAUGAAAAUUCUAAGGGUAUUAUUGCAAAUGGAGGAUCCAAAAGCAAUGAAGACAGCUACUGCUCUUACAUAGAUAAAGCUAUAUUCGGUCCAGUGAUUGAUAUGAAUGAUGAGAAUGUUAUUAUUAAGCGCAACAAUAAGGGCCUCGUCGCAAAAUUAGUGACACACGAAGAUGUGAAACGGCCAUCAGAUGAGAUCAUUGAACAUAACCUCCAAAAAGUACACUUCUAUGAACAGAGUCCUGAGUGUACCACACUUGACGAUAUUUUUGAUGGUUGCGAAUGCCGCGACGACGUCACGUACGUGAGGGGAACCGUCACAGUGUCUUCCGCAGGAGCCUGUGAAGUCUAAAUUAAUUCUAGCAUCAUUACAAUAAUCUAGUCUACGUUUUUAAAUUUUAAUCUAAGUAAUUAAUUUCAUAGUGUAAUUUAAUAACAUAAAGAUUUUAAUUCAGUGAUAAUUUUAAAUAAAUAACUUCAACUUUUU